UUUAUCGAUGGUUGAUAAUAGAAUUGAGAGAGGGAGAACGUGUUUAAAUGUGCAGAAAUGAAUGGAUUAUCUCUCUUCUCUGAUUGAGAAAAACUGCAAUUCUCUUCUCAAGCAAACUGCUUCUCUUUUCAUAAUUAAAUUCCCAGGCGAACUGAUUUGUCAUCUCAUUUUAGCUUUCACUAAGUGGAAAAGAAAUGAAAAUGGAAUAAUGCAAGAAUAUCUCAGUUGAAAUUGGAGAAAAAAUCACGGACUAGAACACUCUGGGAUGUGACUUGUUGUGUCUUUGAUGAACAACAGCAACAACAUGAGCAACAAUAUGGGUGGCUGGGAUCGACAGAAACUCACCUUUUUGUACGUGUGUUGUUGUACAGCUCAUCGCUACGAUUUCUCUGGGCCGGCGGCGAGUCAUCGUCAGUUGCGACGGACGCGUCCCAGUGUCGGCAUCGUAUCCCAGUUACUGACUAAAUCCACUGAUAAUUCCAACAAAAGACAGACAAGACAUCUCCAGGAAUUUACCAUCCAUUCCAGGAUACUACCAUGAGCUCAGCAACAUUAGUCGGGAAUUCAGAUGCGUCCGGAGCUCCAGGAUUUUGUCCUGCCCCACCACCGCCUCCACCACCACCUGGGGUUGGUCAAAUGCCAGCAAUGAGGAUUAACACUGAGACACCAGCAUUAAGACGCCCAAUGCCAAGUGCCAAUGAUCCAUACGAGCCGCCAGCUGCAAUUCAAAACGCAAUGAUGACGAAAGACAAAAAGCCCUUUACUUACACUCCAGGUAUGGGUGGUAAACUGGAUUUAUCACAGAUCAGGAGUCCAAGAAUGGCGCGCAGGGUGGCAAAGAAUGCAAAUGAUGAGGGAAUUGAGGGUCCACCAAAAUCACCUCUGGCAGCUGAACAGUCACGUCCAGUCUCCACUGGUGCCAAUUUGUUUGUUCAGCCUCAAGUGGCUGUUCCUGUUUUCCCCACUAAUGCACCACAAGUCACUCGUCCACUUCAGGUCAAUCGGACAUUGUCAAAUGCUGGGGAGAGAGGCCAAGAGACACCGACACCGAAACCAACGGUGAAGAUUGAGUCGAGACCGUCUUCGCAGCCCACCACUCCAGAUACUCCAACGAGUCCCACGCAGGUGAAUCUCAACAAGGCACCAACACCAUGGAUGCAGAAGAAUGUCAGGGAGAGGCAAGAGGAACUUCCUGAGUGGGCGAGAAGGAGUAAUGGAAAUGGUUCAGCUUCUUAUUCACCCCCGCAGAGCCCUCCGGAGUCUGUUACAUUUGUUCCUCAGUCUCCAGUAUCUCAACAACAGCAGAGACCCUUGACCCAGAUGAGAUCCGUGCAGACGCAGCCUGGAGAACGUGUUAUUCCUCUUUGUGUUGAAGACAGACCCUCUGUCUUCGCCAUGAAAAACGACCAUGGGGCGUCUGGGCAUCAUCAGCUAAAACAGACCCCCCCUCAUCAUCAGUCUCGCUGGUACGCCCCUCAAAACUCGCAGAAUCAAGUCCCAGCACCUCGACCUGUCUCAUCUCCUCCUGCAUCCCAGCCCCAAUCGGGUGGAACUUACAUUGUCCCGAUGAGGAUUGAGGGAAAACCCACAAGUCCUCCGGUUAAUUCUCAGUAUCAACAGCCGGCUUGGAAUGAUUACAGUCCAUCUGGUAAUCAGGGAAAUCGAGGAAAUUUCCAGCAGAGAUCUGCUCCGCCCAUUCAAGCUGAACCCGGACCCGUCCAAUCUCGAUCCUUUCGAGUGCUUCAGAAAAUCACAGAUACGGACGAUGACGAUGUUGAUGUCGAACAGGUGCGCAAACUUCAAUUGACUGAGGACGAUAAGCUAUUGAUGAGCAAGUUCAAAGAGCAAGUUGAUGGGGACACGUAUCUUCAUCAGGAGGAAGACCCCCGGUAUCGUGGCGCUGCCAUUCCCUCUAGGGCUUUUCGUUAUCUUCAGAACAUGACCGAUGAUGGGGCAAACACCAAUGCUGCACCUGCUCGCAAUGUGAACAGUGCCCUCAAGAAACAGAACAGGAACUCACGAACCUUCGAUGAACCUCAGUCAAAUGUCCCAGCAAGCGAGCAACAGGUCCAAGAGCCUAAGAAAUACACCGGAAGUGCGAUACCUUCCAGAUCCUUUAGGAUACUUCAGGCAAUGACAACCCCUGAAUCCGUGGCAAAUGAUCAACGAUUUUGUAUUGUGAAUGACAAUGUGUUUGUUGUAGCGAAUCAAGAUAAUCGUCAAGCAGAUUUCACCUGUCAAUCAGAGAAUAACAUGAUGCCACCAGGCAAACAUCAGAGUGUUAUACCGCGUUAUUCCCAAUCCAUACUCUGGCCAUACAAUCCCCUCCUAUGUUCAAUUAAUUCACCAAAUAGUCAUUAUCACCGUAACACCAGCAUCGAGGAUCACAAUAUUUCACCCACUCAUACUUGUCAUUAUCUGGAUGCUUCCAUUGCCGAUAAUAUUCUAUCCGCCUACUGUCCUAUCUAUGACUACCGUUUGUGUUCACCAAUGUGCCAUGAAAUUUUCCAAUUACCACCAGUGGAUAGACAUUACAAUGAUUGUUUAGAACUAUCGCAGUCAGUGGAUAACUGGGUUAAGGUGGCCAGCAAGAUUGAUGAUGAUGAGACGAGGUAUUGUGAUUGGUGGGGUAACAUCAAAGACGGAUCAUCUAUGCCUGGUGAUAUUUUUCAUAAAGAGAGACAAGACACUGGACAAUUUGCGGAUAAUCUCCAGGAUGGUAAUUCAGAGACUUCUGAAACUUCGCGGUCUUCUGAGACUACCAGCGAAUUCGAGUCGUACCUUAUUUAUUCUCCAGGACUUAAUUUGAGUGUUAAAAGAGAAGAAUCAACGGCUUGUCCAAGUUUUUCCAAGUCUUCUGUGAGUGAAAAUGAAAACGGUGAAAGAUCAGAGAAAGAGCUGAGGCCAGAAGUAGCCCUUGGAAAUGAAAAUAGAGAACUGAGAGAUGAUGAAAUACACAAUAAGGAUGGGGCUGAUGAGGUAAAUGGGAAAAAAGAUAUUGAGGCCGAGAAUAACUUGAAGCAAAAUGAGGCAAAUGAGCCUUUGACUGUGAACGUUCGUUUACCCCUGAGGUUCCGAAUAUCUGUCACCACCAGCGAAGAUGAGGAUAAUUCAGCUACGCUGAUAUCAAAGUCUCAGGCAGAAGGACGUGAUCCAGUCAUUGAUACAAGCACAACUGUCGACUUUACUUUGCGAAGGAAAGGGACCAUGAGACCUAAAUCCUGGUGUCCAGAGAAAUGUAUCAAUGAGUUUUGGACAACUGAAAUUAUUCCUAUGAAGCGAAACUUGUCACCAGUGGUGUUUACUGCUCGGAGUGUCGAUGAUGAUGAUGAUGAUGAUGAUGAGUCCUCCAGGGAUAUUCCAGUCCCAGAGUUUAAGUUGCCAGUGGACAAGGACAAUAAAAGCGAAGAAGAGGUAAUCGAUGAGAGCAAAAAUAAAUUCUUAUUAACAGUGGAGAAGACGCGUGAUGAGACUGAUGAGGAGGACAGCGGCGUGACAUCAGACCUCAGCAGAAUCAUAUCAGAAGUUGACACAGAUUCUGAGAGCACACCUGUGAAGAAAACUGCUGCUUACAAGAGAACUCAGACGCACUCGCGACUCUUCAGACUCAUCAGUGGUGACUCAGAUGUUCCCCAAGAUAAGGACGACGCCUCAGAGGCUGUCAUAGACAUGUCAGUGACAAAACACCAAUUGAAUCUCCCCAAGAUCUCUAGUGCUUUCAAUUACGACCACUCGAGUGAGUCUAGUGGUUUGACAUCUCCGGACUUCUCGCCAAUCUUCGAGAAUUCCUGGAAAAGAUUCCAGGAGUCCCUGGGCACUGGAGGAAUGGAUUCCAUGGGGAAAGACUCAUAUUUCAAGACUUGGAAAGAGGCAAAGAUCCAGGACCAUAAGAAUGGCGUGUCUUCGCCAGUUGUGAUUCCUGGGGUCCUCCAGGGCGUUUCCCCCUGGCCUUUUAGGGCCAAGAUCCUCUGUCCAAGGGUUAGAAGCACAAAAAAUGUACCCAGGACUAUUCAAGGCCAUAUUACCAAACUCAACAAGUACGACCGCUGCUGAUGGUCAGAAAUUAAUCAUCAAAGCACAAGCAAAAAUACGUUUUUUUUUCAUGUUUUUUUGUACAUUUGCAAGCAAUGGAUUUGUUAAUUGUCGAACGCUACCAUUCAUCCUCAUUCUCCAUUACUCCAAUUAUCUGGGGGCCGGAUGGGAUUUGGUGCUAUGUUGGGAAUCCCGGGUGACAAUGGCCUGACCGCGGACAUGGCCUGACAUUUUUUUUCACCCAUCGGUACAUAACUUUUUUUUAUAAAUAUUUUUUUUCUCUUCAAAUUCAGCCAAAAUGUCUCGGUAUCUGAUAUCUUUAUUUUGUGGAAACGAUGAUUACUAUGAUAAUUGAUCAAGUAGUGCAACCAGAUGAGGAAAUUGCCAUUAUCCAUUCAUUAUUUUCGUGGGGACAUAACGUAAAAAUAUAGAAUUGUUUUGACAGUCAUAAGAGUUAUAGGAAAUUUAGGGGUUAUUUCCUCAUGCUUUCCAUUUUGUUCCAUUUUUAAAUUGAAGUUUCAUUUAGGAGUAAUAAUUUUUUUAUUAAUUUUUAUCUUGAAAUAUUGUUACUAAAUUAUUGGGAAGUUGAGAUGACUCAUUUCAUCAUUUGGCUACUGAUUCUUAUUUAGAUUAAUAAAUUCCGGGUUGUAAUUAGUGAAUAUGCAGAGUAAUCAUUGAGACGACAAUUAUCUUUAACAGUACUCUUCGAUCUAUCUCUACCCUGUUUUCUUACGCCAAAGACUCUGACAAUUUCAUCCUCGUCGUCUUCCUCGAUGCGCUCUUCCUCCCGUCAAACCCACGAGGACACCACAAUGUCUCACGUAUUUUAGACAGACCAGACGUUUCAUAAUUUUAAUAGCAAGUCAUGAUUAAUUGAAAAUAAAUUAUUAUUAUUUUUUUUUAAAGAACACAUGAAGUUACGUAAAUGUGCUCGUACAGCAUGGGAGACUCUGCGGUCUAACGCUAUCAUAAUUUCUAAAUGAUUAUUCAGUUUAAAUUAUUUAUAUUUAAUUGUCACUAUUUUUAUUCACGGUUUGCAUGAAGCAAUCUUGCAUGACGGUUUAAUGAUUAAUUAACUGAUAAAAAGAUAUAGAAUCCUUUGAAUCAAGUAAUAAUUUUUUUCGUUCUAUUAAUUACAAUUAAAUCGGAUACGCGAUACUAGACUCUGAACAAAGAGCUAUUUUUCUAUUGAUAAUGGAAUUUGAAAAUUCAUCUCAUCAAUUUUUAUGUUUAU